AUGUCGAACCGUGAAGAAUUCCUAACCUCGACCGACGGCACGAAGCUCUGGGCAGAAUCGGCCGGCGACCCUUCCAAACCGGCGCUGGUCUUCAUCCACGGCCUGGCAUGCACUGCCUUGGGAUUCGAGAGGCAGUUCACCGAUCCGAAACUGCUCGAGAACUUGCAUCUGGUGCGGUACGAGAUGCGGGGACACGGGCGGAGCGAUAUGCCAGAAUUCCCGGAGGCGUAUGGUUCCAUCCACCAUGCAGAGGAUUUUCGCACCGUGUGUGAGGCGUUUGGGCUGCACAGACCAUUCGUGCUGGGAUGGAGCCUUGGUGGCUGUAUCCCCGUGGACAUCGUCGCCGCGUACGGCGCGGACUUCAUCUCCGGCGUAGUCUACGUCGGCGGACCCGUCCUAUCCUUCAGGCUGAACGAAGAGUGCUGGCAUCCGCUCUUCCACGCCAUGAUCCCCCUGAUUUGCUCUGAGGACUCAGAAGUUGUAGCCAAGAGCGCGUCCAUGUUCUUCGACUCGUGCGUCGCGGAUCCCAUCCCGUACCCUACGAAGCUGCUGUGGAUGGGCGGCUUUGGCUCGCAGCCGCCGAAGAUUAGGCACUAUUCGCUCGCGCGCGGGCAGGACGACACGCGGUAG